AUUAAACAACACAGAAAAGAGGAGGAGGAUUAUAAGAGCCAUCACAGUUAAAAACAGGAAGAAAGAGCGUCCGCUGCGAUUGAGAGGAAAAUGAGGUGCUGUGCGUUUCUCUUCCUGCUGCUGCAGGUUUUAGGAGGUUUAGGCUUUCCUCUGUUUGAGCUCAGCUCGAAAGCAGAUGAUGUUCUGCAGACGGCGCUCAAUCAGCUUAACGCACGCAUUGAUAGGACUAACCUCUACAGAGUGUCCAAGGCAUCUGUAAAGAGGAUUGUUCCUCUGGGAACGAACACGUUCGAUCUGCAUCUGAGGUUCGCUAUUAGAGAGACGGAGUGUCAGAAGAGCUCUGGGCUCGAUCCUCAGGGCUGCAUGUACCGCAAAGGGUUUUUUGUGUCGGAGGCAGGGUGCUACGUCAGAGCCCGGGUGAGUCAGGACCUCACUCGAAUCAUCUCUCUCAGAUGCACAAAGACCGACAGCUCGAGCUCGGAGUCCAGUGAGGAGGGGUGGUUAGGAUUACACUACGAUUUAAAUCAUUUUGGGACUAGAGACCGCACACACUCAACGUCGGCACCGAGUCUUAUCAUAGCUUCACCAAUACGUUCGGGUCACCGUGACGGCACUGAAGCCGUUCACGUACGCGGAAACCAUUUUGACAAUCACCUGCCAUAUCACUGACCCGCUGGAUGAAAUCACACGAAGACUCUCCAUACAAACAAUAAGGUGCUAUAAACAAAGCUAAAUGAAAAGACUACUGUACUCAAGGGCCGAUGACUGCAGCCUCCGCAAGAUUAUUCCCUGUGUAAUUCAACCUCCGCAAGAAACCCAAUAAAAACAGAAACAUGGAUGAUAUCAACAUGUAUAAUUUCAUUUUAAAUUACACAUUUUGCAGAGGGAUAUGCAGAGCAUGAUGUUCAUUGACCUUUCAUGACCGGAUACUUUAAUAAUUUAAUAUUAACUUCAGUUAGUCACUUCCCAACAACCUGAAAAGUCUCUUGAUAUUGUAAAUACAUUCAAUAAACAAAUUCUUUAAAAUGAAA